UCUGCGAGGUCUAGGAGCUCUGGCUGGGCCCCCUGCCCCACAUGCAGAGCCCAGGCAGCGAACCCCACCAACACUGUCUCCUCCUGUCCCUCAGAUCUGGCCGCCUCGGGGAAUGACGGGGCCGCUCUCACAGCCCAGGGAGGUGGAGAGGGCGAGCCCCACAGCCAGUCUCCAGACACCCUCCUGGGCAACACCGAUAAGGAGCUGAAUACAGGAGUCGCCGUCACCCCUAGCAGCGCCGGGACAACGCCGGUGGCCCCUUGUCAGCGGGAGCCCCGGGACCUGGCUAUGGAACCAGCAGGUUGCCCUAGGGGAUUGCUUCCGCGGCCCUGCAGAGUGCUUGUGCUGCUGAACCCCCGGAGUGGCAGGGGCAAGGCUCUGCCGCUCUUCCAGAAAUACGUGCAACCCCUCCUGGAGGAGGCUGAAGUAUCCUUCAAACUUAUGCUCACCGAACGGCAGAACCAUGCCAGGGAGCUGGUGUGUGCAGAGGAACUGGGCCACUGGGAUGCCCUGGUGGUCAUGUCCGGUGAUGGUCUGAUGCACGAGGUGGUGAAUGGGCUUAUGUCACGGCCUGACUGGGAGAUUGCCAUCCGGAAACCCCUGUGUAGCCUCCCCGGAGGGUCUGGCAACGCGCUGGCGGCUUCCUUGAACUACUAUGCUGGGUACGAGCAGGUAACUAGCGAAGCCCUCCUGACCAACUGCACGCUGCUCUUAUGCCGCCGACACCUGUCACCCAUGAAUCUGUUGUCACUACACACCGCUUCCGGACUGCAGCUCUAUUCUGUGCUCAGCCUGUCCUGGGGCUUCGUUGCUGACGUGGACCUGGAGAGUGAGAAGUACAGGCGCUUGGGGGAGAUCCGUUUCACAAUGGGGACCAUCUUUCGCCUAGCAACCCUGCGAAUCUACCAGGGCCAACUGGCCUACCUUCCUGUAGGAAACGCUGCCUCGGAGAUGCCUGCUUCUCCGGCACAGGCGCACAAGGGCCCUGUGGACACAUACCUUGUUCCCCUGGAGGAGCCGGUGCCUUCUCACUGGACCGUGGUGCCAGAACAGGAUUUCGUUCUGGUGCUGGUACUGUUACAUACCCACCUGAGCACCGAGAUGUUCGCGGCACCCAUGGGCCGUUGUGAGGCUGGAGUUAUGCAUCUGUUCUAUGUGCGUGCAGGCGUGUCAAGGGCCACUCUACUGCGCCUCUUCCUGGCCAUGCAGAAGGGCAAGCAUAUGGAGUAUAACUGCCCAUACUUGGUGCACGUGCCCGUGCUUGCCUUCCGCCUGGAGCCCAAGAACCAGAGGGGCGUGUUUUCCGUGGAUGGGGAGUUGAUGACAUGCGAAGCCGUGCAGGGCCAGGUGCACCCAAACUAUUUUUGGAUGGUUUGUGGCAGCAGAGAUGCCCCGUCCAGCUGGGAACCCCAGCAGAGGCCAUCUCCAGAAAAACCAUUAUGAUUCCCUGGCUCUCCGUGCCUUUGUCUAUGUCUACAGAGAUGGGACCCUCUCCUGCAUCCAUCCCCUCAUAUGGGAAGCUAUCUA